AUGGGAGAUCCUAGGUACGAUACCAGGGACCAGGUAAACCCCAAAUCCCAAAUCUCCAUCCGCGCCCAAGCUAUCCGUUCAUCACCUACCCACCCACGUGCUAUCAACUACGGAAACUUAGGAAACCCGCAAAAAACCACAACAUUCGUAUCCGUGAGAUGGGAAUUGUGGAAUGUGAGGGAGGGGGGGAGAAUGGCAUUUUUCUACUCGGUAUUGUAUUAUUUUUGUUUUCGACUUUUGGAGUAUUUAGAUAGAUUACAAAUUAAAUGA